AUGGUUGAUAGUUGUGGUGGUGCUGGACUGCAUCUUCAGAUUUACGAGCUCCAUCGCCGAGGAUCGAAAUCAGUGCUGCGGUGGUGGUUCGCGAAGCAGAACGUCACGCUGCUCGGAGACUCUUCACCCCCCAUCCAACUCACCGUCGACCCCAUCAACCACCCCCACUACGAACACCAGCAUGACGAAGGGAAGGAGCAGGAUGAUGAUAAGAAGAAGGAAGGUGGAAGUGUCGGUGAUGAAACAUUCAACCAUGACGGCAACGAGGACCAUGCGUUUCUCCAAAAUGGUGAUGAUGAUGAGGAUGAUAAUGAUCUCGGGAAGAAAAGUCAUCUUUCUUACAAUUUCACUGUAUCAGUGUCAACAACAUUAACUCUAUCAACAACAACAAAAAGCAGUUACAAAAGUAUCAACAACAACACUCUCGACAACAACAGACUGCAAUGA